UCUUUUCUUUAAGGAUGUUGAGGGCUGUGACGCUGCUGCUGGGGUCAGAAUGUCAUACCCAGGCUAUCCCCCAACAGGCUACCCACCUUUCCCUGGAUAUCCUCCUGCAGGUCAGGAGUCAUCUUUUCCCCCUUCUGGUCAGUAUCCUUAUCCUAGUGGCUUUCCUCCAAUGGGGGGAGGUGCCUACCCACAAGUACCAAGUGGUGGCUAUCCAGGAGCUGGAGGCUACCCUGCACCUGGAGGUUAUCCAGCCCCUGGAGGCUAUCCUGGUGCCCCACAGCCAGGGGGAGCUCCAUCCUAUCCGGGAGUUCCUCCAGGCCAUGGAUUUGGAGUCCCACCAAGUGGAGCAGGCUUUUCUGGCUAUCCACAGCCACCCUCACAAUCUUAUGGAGGUGGUCCGGCACAGGUCCCACUACCUGGUGGCUUUCCUGGAGGACAGAUGCCUUCUCAGUAUCCUGGAGGACAGCCUACUUACCCUAGUCAGCCUGCCGCAGUGACUCAGGGCGCUCAAGGAACUAUCCGACCAGUUGCCGACUUCGAUGCUAUGAGAGAUGCAGAAAUUCUCCGUAAGGCAAUGAAGGGUUUUGGGACAGACGAACAGGCGAUUGUGGAUGUGGUGGCCAACCGUUCCAAUGAUAAGAGGCAAAAAAUUAAAGCAGCAUUUAAGACCUCGAAUGGCAAGGAUUUAAUCAAAGAUCUCAAAUCAGAGUUAAGUGGAAAUAUGGAAGAACUGAUCCUGGCCCUAUUCAUGCCUCCUACGUAUUACGAUGCCUGGAGCUUACGGAAAGCAGUGCAGGGAGCAGGAACUCAGGAACGUGUAUUGAUUGAAAUUUUGUGCACGAGAACAAAUCAGGAAAUCCGAGAAAUUGUCAGAUGUUAUCAGUCAGAAUUUGGACGAGACCUUGAAAAGGACAUUAGGUCAGAUACAUCAGGACAUUUUGAACGCUUACUUGUGUCCAUGUGCCAGGGAAAUCGUGAUGAAAACCAGAGUGUAAACCACCAAAUGGCUCAGGAAGAUGCUCAGCGUCUCUAUCAAGCUGGUGAGGGGAGACUAGGGACUGAUGAAUCUUGCUUUAACAUGAUCCUUGCCACGAGAAGCUUUCCUCAGCUAAGAGCUACCAUGGAGGCUUAUUCCAGGAUGGCUAAUCGAGAUUUGUUAAGCAGUGUGAGCCGUGAGUUUUCCAGAUAUGUGGAAAGUGGUUUGAAGACCAUAUGGCAGUGUGCCCUGAACCGCCCUGCCUUCUUUGCUGAGAGGCUCUACUAUGCUAUGAAAGGUGCUGGUACAGAUGACUCCACCCUGGUCAGGAUUGUGGUCACUCGAAGUGAGAUUGAUCUUGUACAAAUAAAACAAAUGUUCUCUCAGAUGUAUCAGAAGACCCUGGGCACAAUGAUUGCAGGUGACACGAGUGGAGAUUACCAAAGACUUCUUCUGGCUAUUGUGGGCCAGUAGGAGGGAUUUUUUUUUUUUUUAAAUGAAUGAAGCUAUUCAUAGCUUAUCCUUCAGAGCAAUGACCUGCAUGCAGCAAUAUCAACCAUCAGCUAACCAAAAGAGCUUUCUAUCAAGGACCAUAUCAGGGUAAUGUGCUUGGUUUGCACAUGUUGUUAUUGCCUUAAUUCUAAUGUUAUUUUGUUCUCUAUAUAUAAUCUGUGUAAAGCCAUAUCACAAUGAUACAGUAAUAUUGCAAUGUUUGUAAAGCUUCAUUCUUACUAGUUUCAUUCUAAUCAAGAUGUCAAAUUGAAUAAAAAAUCACAGCAAUCUCUAA